UCUAGGCUGCCGUAGACUACGGAGGUUGUCUCGUUGGUUGCACUCAGCCAUGCAGAGUGUGCGGAAAGUGCUCAUGGUAGUAGCGGUGCUGGGCGCUGGGGCCGGCGUGGGGUCCGCGCUCUUUGCUCUGGUAACCCCAGGAGAGCUGCAGAAGCAGGAGAUGCUGAAGGAGAUGCCCGAACAGGACCCUCGACGCAGGGAUGAAGGGAAGAGGAACCAGCAACUAGUGAUGGCCACSCUGCAGGAGGCCGCGGCCACGCAGGAGAACGUAGCGUGGAGGAAGAACUGGUUGGUUGGCGGCGGCGGUGGCGGGAGAUCAGCUUGAUGCCAGACCUGUCCGAGUGGGCGCUACGACCUUGGUUUGAGCGCAGAUCACAGGCAGCCUUUCAGCUCCGUGAAACCGGCGGGGAAUCCUGACCUCAGAUGCCGCACUCCAGGUCCCGGAGAGCGGCCGCCGGGUGAGCAUCGUACCCCCUCCAACUCUGCGCUGAUUGCUUUAAYGUCCACAUCAUCCUCCAAAGUCGUGUCCGGGGUCGGUUGUGGUGAACAGAAAGAACCAAUAAAUUCUGUGCCUCCCAAGUGA